UGUCAAUUCUACUUAUUCGUCUGAAGACUUGACUCACUCGAGAUGCCUAUUACACUGACACAAGGUCCCAUCUCGGCGAAGACGCCAACCGAUCUCUUUGCCACCCUUGCGUUAUCUCCUCCUCUUGGGUCGAUUCUGCCCUCGGCAGUACCCACGAUAGCAUUCUCCCCCCCUACCCCGCCAACUGCGAUCUCACUGACCCAGGCCCAAGCUUACCUGCUGGAACAGCAUCUGGACUCUGAGGGUGUCGACGACAGGGACAAGAACGGAAUGUCUGAAGAUGGGGGCGAUUCUAUUCUCCCGAGCGCAUCAUUUAAUCCACCACCAACCAUGCCUGGGCCUGUCCAUCGUCCUCUCGCGUCGAAUGAAGCUCGACAAUUGUCCCUGUUGCUCACUCAGCAUUUCUUCCCACUCCGAUCUCAACCUCGAUCCAUGAUGAAGGAAUCGAUCCAUUUAGCUGAAAAACUACACGAGGCAGGUAUACGAUGGGACACAAAGCGGCGAGUCAUGGGAUUGCAUCUGAGAGGGAUAUGGGAAGAAGGACAAAAGUUGAGUUAUACAAGGACUGCGAUUGGAGGCCACGGGCCAAUGGACCUUUACGUUCAGGGCUCAUUCCUCAGUAUCGCCGAGGAACCACACCCACUUGAUCCUAUGCCGAUUCCACUUGAACUUCACCCGGCCUCUUUCGCGGCUCUGCCCAAACUCACACUCCAAGCUGGUCUCGCAAAUGCCUUGCCCGUCGCUGCUACCCACAUGGACCACCAUACCAUGGGGGACGGUCCCCACCAAGUGAUCCAUAGGGAUUUUGCACGUGACCCCAGUGAAAUGGUCCAUGCUGUCCAUGGAGAAGUUGGAGAUAGACACGUCGGUCUGGAAAUUCAGGUGGAGAUGAUGCCUGAUAAGGAGGCGGCGCCUGUCCAUAAGAGCGUGAAGGAUAAGUGGAGGGAUAGGAAGGCGAAAAGUCUGAGGAUCCAUACAGACGGGUGCGUUGAAUGCUCGCUUCGGCUCAAUUCCAUCCUUCUACAUACAUACACCACGCACACUCUCGUCUGACAACCCGAACGAAAGCUCUACAACUCUACCCUUCAUCCGCCACUUUAUCCGCAACGAAAUAUCAAGCCUGCUCACGCAAUCGUCCAUUUUGGGCCGC